AUGGCUUCAUUAUCUGAACAAAAAUAUGUCACAUUAAGAAAGCGUCUUGAUCAGUUCGGUUUUAAACAACCAUUAGCUAUUGAAUCUUUGCCGUUGGUUGAAAAACUUUUUCAAGCUUUUAUUCAAACAACCGAAGAGCUAAAAAAGACUAAAGAAAAUCCUCAAACAAUUGCUGCUCCACCUUCAACAAAUACAAAUCCAUCAACAACAUAUACAUCAGCACAUCCAUAUAAAAAUGAUAAUGCUCGACUUGUUAAAGAAAAUAAUGAUCUUCAUUUAGAGUUAAUUAAAUGUCGUGAACAACUUGAUCAUCAUGUUAAAGAAUUCAAAAGUCAAUUAAGAAAACUAGAACAUGAAAAUGCCGAUCUACGUUUUCUAAAUACUCAAUAUAUUCAUCGAUUACGUUCAUUAGAAAAAGAAUCUCGUCAAAAAGACAAUAAAAUCUUAGAAUUACAAGAAAAGAAUUUUCAAGCUGUUGUUCAAACGCCAGGUGGAAAUAAACAUACGAUUCCAUUUCGCCGUCAACGAUUAGAUAUCGAUGAAAUGUUACCUGAAUCAUCAUCAUCACAACAAACAUUAGCUCAGCAAUUACCCUAUGUUAAUGAUCCAUAUAUCAUUGAUAUUGUUAAAGUUACUGAAGAUCGUGUUGCUGAAUUAGAAUUAGAAUUACAACAACAGAAACAAUACGUAGAUGAAGUUGAAACAAAAAUGGCUAAUCUUAAAUAUCAGGUAAACAUUAACUAUUCAUUGAUCGCAGAAAAUGACCCAAAAGAAGAAUUUUCUGUUUGUACAAAUUCAUCGAAAAGAAGAAUUUACAUUAUCUUUGAUGGGAACAAUAAUAAUAAUAAUAAAUACUCUAUUUCUUAA